AAACUCCACUAACACUGAGAGGACAGCUGCAGGAGGGAACACUGGAAACACUGGAAACCACUUCAACCAGCUGCUGAAUCCACAAAGUGAACGAGUGUUUUACAACAACAGAGACUCAAAGAGGAAGUAAGUUCCAGAGAACAGGGAGUGGCUGAGCUGUCUGUCUGUGUGUUUUUACUCAGAGACUAAAUGGCGUCCAGACUAGAGGAAGAACUCUGCUGUCCGGUCUGUCAGGACGUCUUUAAAGAUGCUGUGAUCCUGACGUGUCACCACAGCUUCUGUAGAGACUGUCUGCAGAGCUGGUGGACGGAGAAAGACACCAGAGAGUGUCCAGUUUGUAAGAAAAGACAUUCAAAGGAAAGAUUACCUCCUAACUUUGCUUUGAAGAGCGUGUGUGAGGCCUUCUUAAAGGAGAGAGAUCAGAGAGCUUCAGAGCCUCUCUGCAGUCUGCACUCUGAGAAACUCAAACUCUUCUGUCUGGACCAUCAGCAGCCAGUGUGUGUCGUCUGCAGAGACUCAGAAAAACACUCCAACCACAGAUUCAGACCCAUCGAUGAAGCUGCACAACAACUCAAGAAGGAACUUCAGGAAACUCUGGAGCCUUUAAAGAAGAAGUUAAAGAGUUUUAAAGGAGUUAAAGUGAAGUUUGAUCAAACAGCAGAACACAUUCAGGUCCAGGCCCGACGCACAGAGACGCAGAUUAAGGAGCAGUUUAAGAAGCUUCACCAGUUUCUAGAAGAGGAAGAGGAGGCCAGGAUGGCUGCACUGAGGGAGGAAGAGGAGCAGAAGAGUCAGAUGAUGAAGGAGAAGAUGGAGGCUCUGAGCAGAGAGAUAGCAGCUCUUUCAGACACAGUCAGAGCCACAGAGGACCAGCUGAGAGCUGAACACGUCUCAUUCCUGCACAACUACAAGGCUGCAGUGGAAAGAGUCCAGCAGCGCCCCCUGCUGGAGGAUCCACAGCUGCCCUCAGGAGCUCUGAUAGACCAGGCCAAACACCUGGGCAACCUGGCCUUCAACAUCUGGAACAAGAUGAAGGACCUGGUCUCCUGCAGUCCUGUUGUUCUGGACCCAAACACUGCUGGUAAAAACCUCAUCCUGUCUGAAGAUCUGACCAGUCUGAGAAGAGGAUGGAGACAGCAGCUUCCUGAUAAUCCAGAGAGGAUUAAUGAUGAUCACUGGUCUGUUCUGGGCUCUGAGGGCUUUAACUCAGGGACUCACAGCUGGGACGUCCAGGUUGGAGACAAUACAGUCUGGGAACUGGGUGUUUUAUCAGAGUCUGUCCAGGGGAAGAGAAACACACAGUCUGGAAGUUGGGCAAUACAGUUCAUUUGUGGUAAAUACAAAGCACGCUCUCCAUCACAUCCAGUCUCUGUUCUCCCAGUCCAGAAGAACCCUCAGAGGAUCAGAGUGAAUCUGGACUGGAACAGAGGAACGCUGUCGUUCUCUGAUGCUGACACCAACACACACAUACACACCUUCACACACACUUUCACUAAGACGAUGUUUCCAUAUAUUAGCACUGUGUGUUUUUCCCCCACACUGAAGAUUUUACCAGUAAAGGUCUCUAUGACUGUAGAACAACACAGUGAGAUAAAAUAAAACAAAACAUUAUUAAUUCACCAGCUGAGAUAAGAUCUGUCGGUUAAUUUCCGGUUUUGCCAUUCCAGUCUGGUGUACCAACUUGAACCGGUUUGAUUCUAAACAUUAGAUUAAUAAGUCCCCGACAUCAUCAACCUGCUCCAACGGCGUCACAGCCUGAAAUCACACUUAUAUUCUCAGCGCUUCACACAUGCAGACUUGAGAGCCAAUAGGAAACAACACAAAUGGCCAAAAAAAGCGUAAAAGGACUAAAAAAAGACACUAAAAAAGACACAAAAUGACUGUUAAAAGACACUAAAUGACUAAAAAAGUUGUUAAAUUACCAGAAAAUGACGUAAAAUGACCAAAAGACACAAAGAAUUAAUUAACACACGCACACACACACACACACACACACAUAUAUAUAUAUAUAUAUAUA